ACGCCAUUUUUGUUGGGGAGCAGUCGUGUCCAGAAUAGGCGGAUUAGAACCAGUACAGGUACACCAAAACGGGAGCUCGUUCCUUCAUCUCUGCCCCUACGGGACACUCUGCUUGUCCAUCACACUCGCACCAUGUCGUCAGAAAACCUGGACUCGGACACUCAGGUGGACUACGAGGACGAAAAACAGGACUCCCAGGAGAAGAAUGCAAACCCUGUAAAGGCAGAGGAGGCCAAGCUGAAGGCAAAGUACCCCGCCAUGGGCCAGAAGCCCGGCGGCUCAGACUUCCUCAUGAAGAGGCUACAGAAAGGGCAAAAGUACUUUGACUCGGGCGACUACAACAUGGCCAAAGCCAAGAUGAAGAAGCUCCCCGUGGCGGGGCCCGACAAGAACCUGGUGACCGGCGACCACAUCCCCACGCCGCAGGACCUGCCCCAGCGGAAGUCCUCCUUGGUGACGAGCAAGCUAGCCGGCUAGCCUCCAUCAUCCUAGAAGCAUCCUCACCUCCCCCUGGGGCUCCCUGCUCCUCACCCGUGUCCCUCCCUAAGUCCCUUCCCCUUUUCAUCCCCCAGGCACGACUGGCUUUAACACGUCGGGCAGAGUUGUUUGAGUUGAUGCUCCAUUUGCUUGUAUGUGGGCGGGGCGGGGUGGGAGGGGGCGGAGGUUUCAGUUGGCCCCCCUGUGAGGCCUCAGCCUACUCUGCCCUCCCACCACGCACACUCUGCCCCCUCUGCGCGCACACUGCUCCACCGACUCCCUCAUGUCUUGGUUUUUUUUGGUGUUCCAAGAUGCAUCGCUGUAGAUGUGUCAUCAGGCGGGGGUUUCGAUGGGGUGAGUUAAUGCACUUUGUAGUCUGUGUAGUAAGCUUUUUGUUCUUUAUUUUGUUUCAUUUUGCAUCAUAAACAACACCAGUAUGAUGUGUGUGUGAGGGAUUUAGGAACCAUCACCCGUCAGAGGUGGGGGCUGGUUCUAGCGGGCGGGGUUGGAGAGAUGCAUGUGAUUCGGGGACUGCUGCCUGACGCGAGACCUCUUUAGCGCUCGCUCGCGCUAUUUUGGGGAAACGGGCAAAACGAACAGAGGCUUCCCUCCACCUCAUCGUUCGCCAGCGUUUCCCAACAAAACGGAAGCAGUCGGUCGCUGCAGCUUUGCCAGACAUGGAUUUUGAAGCAGCGCGUCUUUAAUUCAUUCUCUCUGCUUGUGUUUCUUUAAAUUCGGGACUCCCUUCACUCCCUGGUCUGUCUCAAUAUGUUGCAUGAUUGUAACAAAAACAUGGGUUUGUUUUUAAUAGGAGUGGGGUUUAGAGAUAGGAAAUGUCAAAACACACAGAGCCCUAAAUCAUCCACCGUCACACUUCCUGCCUUUCCCUUUUGCUAUCUUAACAAUCCACGUGCACGCUCCUGAUAGCGCCCCCGGCGAGAGCUGGCUGAGUCACUAUUGAGUCGCAUCAAGUGUCAUUAAAAGCAUGUAUUUUUUCCUUGGCGUCUUUGAGAGCUCUGAUGCAAACCCCACUGAAGGUUGGCGUUUCAAAGGGACACGCCAACACGUGUGUUUGGCCCAGACCGCUACAUGCGAUCCCAGAAGUCCCAGUGAAAAGACAAAAAAAAUAGUCCUAACCUUCACAUGUGAAGUUGAAAGUGUUUUCCUGACACUUAGUGGGACCGGCCGGAAUAAUAGUUCAUACUAAAGCUGCUUGUUAAACUUGCGUUGCGUUCUCAUCGCGUUGGAGAUGGUUUCCCCUGUUUUAACACUUUCAGGAAUAUAUUGUAUCACCACAGUCAGACAUAGUGGUUCCCUUUAUAGUCACAAACACUUCAUGCAGUAGACGAUUACUACUACUGCUGCUUCCCUUAGGUGGAGUGAACAACCUGCUUCUACUACCAGCUCCCCGUAGAACCGACACACUACACGAACCGAUCUUUGAUCUCUGGGGUGUCAGCGGGCCGACCCGUCUCCCGCCGCGGUGUCUUCAGGCGGGACGCUGCACUCUGUGCUCUCGUACCAGCCGUUGAAGCGCUUUCGGCCUGUGAAUACUUUUAAACGUGCGGCCUCCUCGUAUGUCACUGCUUCAGGGAACCUUCCCUCUCUGCGUCAUGUCGGCCAGGUGACCGGGCGCACACACAUUCUCAACCGCACCUCUUGUUUUUUGUCUUUUUUUCAUUGAAACUUCAAAAACGUGUCAAAUUUUGCAGUUCGUAGAGCGAGAACGGACCAGUACAUAUGUGCUUGUUAUGGGGUUGUGUGAAUGCGCUGCUUUUUCUCUGUUCUAGCCAUUUGUAAAUAGACUUCAACAGGAAGGGAAUGCUAUUAUUUUCUUGUUGUUGUUUCCCACCUGCUUUUCACUCUUUCAUAGCCUGGACUUUUUUUCUGAUUCAAUGGUCUCUCUUUUCCGUUUAAAAUGACCUCUGCUCCAUCUUAGUGAAUCCCAGAGGCUAUGUGAAUCUGUAUCAUAUGAAAAUAUGUGUAAAUGUUGCUGAUUUCAGUCAAAGGCUAAUCUAGCGUUGAUGCCCUGUAAAGAACCCCUGUCCUCUCCAGCUCCCUGAGUGUCUCCGUUUCAGGGUCCCAUAGCUCUUGUGGCAAAGUUGAUUCCGUUGAGACUAAACCUCGAUGUAACUACAAAAUUUGACUGACGAAAAAACGGAUCACCUAACAUCAUACUGCCCACCAGUUUUAUUAUUUUAUAACGUAAAGAUUGCCUAAAGAAAGUGGAGUGGAUAAACAUGUUCUAGGAAACAACAGUGGACAGGAGUUCUUGAUCGCUACUUGAUGUUUGUCUUUGCACAGAGCGGUUCAACGGGAGGAAAUGUCAGGGUUUGUUUGGAAACCCACACACAUGACGUCUCCCGUUGACCUAUAUAAACAUGUGCGAGAAUGUAUAAAGAAAUGACAGGCUGUGUGCUAUGAAGUACUUUUGUGCUGCUUUUAUUUUAACUUUUUGUUGUUGUUUCUUUCUUUCUUUUUUUUGUUCUCUUACUCCAUGAUUAGUAUAUUUCAUCCUCGCCCAGGAUUACCGCAGGGAAAUCCGAGGCACCCUUGCUUCCACGGAAAAAAACAACGAAAGGGUUUAAAUGAUAAAAGAGGAUGACUGGAGAACAGAGGGAUGAUUUUAAGACUUCAGAAAGUACCUGUGUACUUUGAAUGUUUCAGUUGUGUGGGAGAAGGUGGGAGGAUUUUGUCAGUAUUUGAAAUAAACUUUUACAUUAAUAAGAA